AACCUGGGGAUUGAACCUGCACUCCCUGUGUCUCCUGCACUGUAGAUGAAUUAUUUAUCCACUGAGCCAUCUGAAGUCUGGAAGUCCAGAAUCAAGGCAAGGUCAAGUUCUUGUCAGAGGUCUCUUCCUGGUUCAUGGCUGCACCAUCUUGCUGUGCCCUCUCCCAGUGGAAGGCAUGAGGGAUCUCUCUGGGGUCUUUUCUAUAAGAACAUUAACCCUCUCCAUGCUCUACCUUCAUGAUCUAAUAAGCUCCCAAAUGCCCCAACUCCUAACACCAUCACACUAGGAUUUCAACAGAAACAUGCAGACAUAGCAGGGGUUGACUGACUUGUUCAGGGUCCCACCUCAGGAGACACCGGUUCCAUCCGUGGGUCAGGGAGGCCCCCUGGAGGAGGUCAUGGCAACCCAAUCCAGUAUUCUUGCCCGGAGAAUCCCGUGGACAUAGGAGCCUGGAGGCAACAGUCCAUAGGGUUGCAAAGAGUCAUGCACGGUCUGGCUGCAGUAUCUGUGCUCUCAACUGCUAGUCUGUCUAGUAGCUUCUCUCUGGACCUCCCUCCAACCCCUCUCACAACAGGUAGCUUACAUCACACAUUCAGUCUAUGCAAAACACUGGGAGGGAGCUAGGGGUUCCAGCCGAGGCAUCUACAGCGCCCUCUGCUUGUCACUCUGCGUCCCUGCAGACUAACGGGUGAGCGGUCUUUCCUCACUUGGCCUUUGAGCCAGUCUGCUGAAGUCUGCCUUGAAAGAGAGGAAGAGGAAGGGACAGGCAGGGCAGAGGUGGAGACACAAUCAGAAAAUUCUGCCCUCCAGCUAACUCCUCUACCUUUCUCCCACUCUGUGGCCUUUUGGGAGUGGAAGGGGCUGGGGUGGAGCUAAUCUCAAAGAGGCUUAAAGGAGUGCAGAUGGUUUUAUCAAGUUGUAACCUAAGAAGGAAAUUCAGUCUAUGAGGUCUCCACCUUCACGAUCUAAUAACCUCCCAAAGGCCCCUAACUCCUAACACAUCACAUUAGGAUUUCAACAAUGGAUAUGAGGGGACACAAACAUAUGGACCAGAUGUAGCAGAAGUUAAUUAACUUGUUCAAGGUCCCACACCUGGAAAAUGGCAAAACUGGAUUUGAACCCAGGCUGUCUGGCUGGCUCCCCUCGUGGCUCAGUGGUAAAGAAUCUACUGCAAUGCAGGAGAUUUUUCACUCUGGAUUUCUCUCUCACUGUUCUCUGGCCUCCGCUGCCCAUUUCAUUUAAAUUGACUGAUCCUGAACUGCUCUGCAGUCCUGCAAGUGGGUGAUGGGACAGCAAGCAAGGCUUGAAGGCAGGUGGGCAGGCUGGAGCCUUCAUUGGAAGUAUGACUUAAGACUAUUCCUCUGAGCCUGGAUGUCCUUGCCUGUAAAGUGGAAAUCGGAAUCCCUGUCUCAUGAGAUGGCUGGAAAAGAAAAUUAGAAAGCUGAAAGUCAUGUGUGAAAUAAAUAGCACAAAAUGAGUGCAGGGUACUUAUCCAAGCUCUUUGUGCGGCAUUUAUUUCAUGGUCUAAUCUAAGGUGGGGCUUGCCUGGUAGUUCAGACAGUAAAGAACCUGACUGCAAUGCAGGAGACCGGGGUUCGACCCUCGGGUUGGGAAGAUUCCUUGGAGAAAGGAAAGGCUACCCACUGGAGUAUUCUUGCCUGGAGAAUCCCAUGGACAGAGGAGCCUGGCAGGCUACAGUCUGUGGGGUUGCACAGCGUAGGACACAGCUGAGCAACAACACUAAUCUGAGGUGAUGAUGCUGUGCUGCCUCCAGUGGGCUUCAGAGGAGCCAGAGACCCUGAUAACAUCUCUGUGACCCUUGGCUAAGAUAGCCAGAAUGUUAGUCCCUUGGUGGCUGGCUCAUUUUCAGCACUGAUAUCUGCUUUUGAUGAUAUCUAAUAAGAGCUCUUGCAGUUCAGUUAACCAUUGGGGCCCAUUGUAAAUUCCUGUUAAAAAGCACCACCAUCCUCUUAAUCACUCAAGUGGAAAAAACUCGGGCCGCCUUUGACUCUUCCUCUCAGCCCAUCUCCAGUAAGACCCAGGACCUGGAAGGUAAGGUCUGAAAGUCAAACCUUGUGGACUUCUUCUCUUCUUAGCUCCCUCUGCCGGAUCCCUGGUUCCAGUCCUCCUCAUAGGAACUGUGGUGCCAUAGCCUGAUUAAUUCCUCAAUCACCGUGCUUUCUCUUAGCCACCCCCCACCUUGAUCCACUUUAGAAUACUUCAGCCAGGGUUUGCUUCCUACACCACAACUUUUGCUUACAUUUCUCUUUUGAUUCCAAAUCCAUACCCGAUUCCCCAUUGCAUUUAAUUUGAAUUAAAUGCAAAUUCUUUCCUUAAUGAAUUUUAUACUGGCCCCAUGAGUCUCUUUCACAAUUUCGUGUUCCAGCCACUCUUGAGUCCUCAUAGCUCAAACUCUCUUUUUUAUCUUUUUUGGAAGGAGAUGUUUGCUCCUUCUCAAGAAAUGCUGUACAUUGAUUGCUAUGUCCUUGUUGACUUGCUUCUUCCAUGGGCUGCUCACCUCUCCUCCCUAUCUCUCCUUCCCCUCAGUCUACCUGUCCUUGAAGACUUACGUAAAAUGCCACCUUUAUCAGGAAACUUUCAGAUUCAGAGAGCUUUCCAGUGACCUGCCUCCUGUUCACACAGAGCUCCAGAGCAAGAUCAAGCUGACCCUGCUGGAAGGAGACAUUCUGGAUGAGCAGUGCCUGAAGAGGGCCUGCCAGGGCAUCUCAGUGGUCAUCCACACCGCUUCUGUCAUCGACGUCAGGAAUGCUGUCCCGCGAGAGACCAUCAUGAACAUCAAUGUGAAAGGUACCCAGCUGCUGCUGGAGGCCUGUGUCCAGGCUAGCGUGCCAGUCUUUAUCCACACCAGCACCAUAGAGGUGGCUGGGCCCAACUCCUACAGGGAGAUCAUCCAAGACGGCCAUGAAGAAGAGCAUCAUGAAUCGGCAUGGUUCUCUCCAUACCCAUACAGCAAGAAGCUUGCCGAGAAGGCUGUGCUGGAAGCUAACGGGUGGGCUCUGAAGAAUGGCGGCACCUUGUACACUUGUGCCUUGAGGCCCAUGUACAUCUACGGGGAGGGGAGCCCGUUCCUUUCUGCCUACAUGCAUGGAGCCUUGAAGAACAACGGCAUCCUGACCAAUUACUGCAAGUUCUCCAGAGUCAACCCAGUCUAUGUUGGCAAUGUGGCCUGGGCCCACAUUCUGGCCUUGAGGGCCCUACGGGACCCCAAAAAGGUCCCGAACAUCCAAGGACAGUUCUACUACAUCUCAGACGACACACCACACCAAAGCUACGAUGACCUCAAUUACACUUUGAGCAAAGAAUGGGGCUUCUGCCUGGAUUCCCGGAUGAGCCUUCCUAUUUCUCUGCAGUACUGGCUUGCCUUCCUGCUGGAAAUAGUGAGCUUCCUGCUCAGUCCAAUUUACAAAUAUCACCCCUGCUUCAAUCGCCACCUAGUGACUCUUUGCAACAGCGUGUUCACCUUCUCCUAUAAGAAAGCUCAGCGAGAUCUGGGGUAUGAGCCCCUCUACACUUGGGAGGAAGCCAAGCAGAAAACCAAGGAAUGGAUUGGUUCCCUGGUGAAACAGCACAAAGAGACCCUGAAAACAAAGAUUCACUGACCUAGGAGUGACAACGAUGGGAACGUGGACAUGUGGGUAUGGUUUGUAGAUGUCGAUCAAGCGCUUCCCUUGAGGCUUCAUACAGAAAGUAACAUAGACACAAGCCUGGGUCCUCCUGCCUCCCUUUUAGAAGAUGCUCAUCUUACUAUCUGCCUUCUGCCACCAGAAACCGUGUCGGUCACUGGCCCAAGUGGAAGCUUUCUUCCCUACCUGCCUCCAGGGGACAGACAAGGUGAUUUGCUGCAGCUGCUGGUACCAAAAUCUCAGUGGCAGAUUCUGAGUUAUUUGGGCUUCUUGUAACUUUGAGUUUUGCCUCUUAGUUCCACUUUCUUUGUUAAAUGUGGAAGCAUUUCUUUUAAAAGUUCAUAUUCCUUCAUGUAGCUCAAUAAAAAUGAUCAACGUUUUCAUGACUAA